AAAUAAUUUUUAGAUUUCAAAAAAUGAAUUUUGCAAUAAAUACAAACAAAUUUAAUUUAUGCCAUUUGCCCGUUACAAAUUCACAUUUCACAACAACAUUGUAUUUUUCUACUGCUUCUAAAACUCGAAAGGAUUAUUAUAAAAUUCUCGGAGUGUCAAGAGGUUCUACACCUGAACAGAUUAAAGAAGCUUUUUAUAAACUUUCAAAGAAAUACCAUCCAGAUGUGAAUCAAGACAAGGAGAAAGCUUCCAAAAAUUUUCACAAAGUUUCUGAAGCUUAUGAAGUUCUUGGUUCAAAAGAGAAAAAGCUAGCUUAUGAUUCAUUGAAUGCUGCAGAAAUGCCAACAAGAAUAUAUAAAACUACUUAUUCUCAAAAAACAAAAACAGAAAAAUGGGAAAAAGAUUGGAGUGAAUUUCAAAAUAUGAGCAGGUUUAUUUGA